CAAUUCUGGAAAUUUUGUCAUUUCCUCCCUUUGAAAGAAAUUGAUCCGUCGGAAAUGCGAUCAUCCUUAGGCAAAUGCCUCUUCGAAUACAAAGCACUGAGCCGGGGGGACAUAAACUUAUUAAAAUGCAGGAUUAUUACAGCAAUGAUAGCAGGCACACUUGGACAUAUAUGAAUUGUCUACUUAACUCGUGACAAAAUUUCUCGUCGCACUAUACAGCAACACUACGAAUGGCGAAUAAAAUGACGCACCUCAAUAACGACAAUACCAAUAGCACAGCAUAUGAUGAUAUACUCAUAUCAAUUGUAAGCUAUGUGUACGAGCCGAUUGAAUUUUCUGAGCUUGCCUGGACACGUGCCAAAGCUGCUCUGUUGGACGCCCUUGGGGUGGCCAUGGAAGGUAUCCAUUCCAGCGCCGAGCUAAAUCAACUGCUUGGGCCAGUACCACCACAUUCUCCAAUAGUUGAAGGUGGAUUCAAGUUACCUGGAACACAUUAUCAACUCGAUCUUCUCAAGGGAGCUUUUGACCUUGGCACCAGUAUUCGUUAUCUCGAUCACAAUGAUGCUUUUCCCGGGGCUGAAUGGGGUCAUCCUUCAGAUAAUAUUGGAGCCAUUUUGCCAGUGACGGACAUUCUUUGUCGACGCCCACACACCACAACUAGCUCCCAUCCCUCCCCUACUAUGAAGGAUGUCUUAACUGCUUUGAUUAAGGCAUACGAGAUCCAAGGUACACUCCAGAUCGAGAAUGCAUUCAACAAAAUUGGACUAGACCACGUCAUUCUCGUCAAAGUAGCAUCCACCGCAGUUGUGUGUUGGCUAUUAGGCCUUUCACGAGAUCAGGCUCUGGCGGCAGUCUCUCACGCAUGGGUAGAUGGCCACCCAUUGCGUGUAUACCGACAGGCCCCGAAUACCGGCCCUCGCAAAGGCUGGGCGGCAGGAGAUGCUGUGCAACGAGCUGUGCAUUUGGCCCUGCUUGCAGCCGUUGGCCAGCCGGGGGUAAAAUCUGCGCUCACAGCGCCGAAAUGGGGAUUUUAUGAUGUCCUGUUCCACAGCAAGCAGCUUUCCACACCUAAGCCUUUUGGAAGUUGGGUGGUUGAAAAUGUCCUAUUCAAAGUAAACACAGCGGAAGGACACGGGCUUACGGCAAUUGAAGCCGCUCUCAAAUUAUCGAAGAACAUGCAGCGACAAGGAAUUGUACCGGAGCUCGUUGAGCGCGUUCGAGUCCGGACUCACGAGGCAGCAAUGAUCAUUAUUAAUAAAUCCGGUCCUCUCCACAAUGCAGCUGAUCGAGAUCAUGACCUACGAUACAUGGUCGCUGUAGUUCUUCUCAAAGGAGCUCAGAUUGACACGAAGGAUUACCAGGAUGAGAGUGCGUGGGCCACAGAUCCGCGUGUCGAAGAAUUGCGGAGAAAAAUUACUGUUGUUGAAGAGCCUCAGUUUACCCAGGAUUACCACAAUAUCCAUAUUCGCAGUCUCACCAAUGCGAUUCAAAUCACCCUCAGCGAUGGAACGUGGCUUGAUGAGGAGGUUGUUGAGUUUCCUGAUGGCCAUGUUAAAAGCCCCAAUACACUGGCCUUGGUCCGUGAGAAAGCCGUCCAGAACCUUGGACUAAAAUUUAAUAAUGACCGUGUUAAGGAAAUUAUAGAACUUGUAGAUAGUAGUACAUUUGAUGAAGUUCUAGUUAGUGAUUUUAUAGACUUAUUUACUCCUUAG